GCAGGCUCACACCCUACUCCAAGCCACAAGAAACCAGCACAGGUUGCCUGGGCAGCCUGAGGCACCUCUGCCGUCUGUGGCUUUCCAGACUCCUCUGAAACAAAAGAUUAGAGAAGAAUCUUCAUCCAGCAGCAGGACACAGCCCUCAACCUUGUCUGUUCCUGCCCAGGAAAGGCCAGGAGGAAGAGGCCACAAAACAAGCCAGCCCUCUCCCCAGUCCCUUGAUCUACUCACCGUCAGCAUCUGGAGACCCAAUGGCCCAAGCCCACUGGCACUGCUACCCCUGGCUUGUUCUCCUCUGUGCAUGUGCCUGGAGUUACCCACAAGCUGGAUCCCUUGGAAGAGAAGAUGUGAGAAACUGUUCAAGCAACCCUCCGUUCCUGCCAGUUACUGCAGUCAACACAACAAUGAGGCUCGCGGCCCUCCGCCAGCAGAUGCAGGCCUGGAAUCUCUCUGCCUACAUCAUCACAGACACAGAUGCACACAUGAGCGAGUAUAUUGGCAAACAUGAUGAGAGGCGAGCGUGGAUUUCAGGCUUCUCGGGGACUGCAGGUACUGCUGUGGUGACCAUGAGGAAGGCAGCUGUCUGGACCGACAGUCGCUACUGGACUCAGGCCGAGAGGCAGAUGGACUGCAACUGGGAACUCCAUAGGGAAGGUGACAUUCCUUCCUGGGUCCUUGCUGAAGUCCCUGCUGAAGGACGAGUGGGUUUUGACCCCUUCCUCAUGUCUGUUGAUUUCUGGGAGAAUUUUGAUCUGGAACUCCAAGGCUCCAAAAGAUACCUGGUAUCCAUUACAACCAACCUUGUGGACCUGGCAUGGGGGUCAGAGAGGCCCCCAUUGCCAAGCCAACCUAUUUAUGCCCUGCCAGAAGAAUUUACAGGGAGCACUUGGCAGGAAAAAGUAUCCACUGUCCGAAGCUACAUGAAGAACCAUACCAUGGCUCCAACUGCUCUCCUUCUAUCAGCACUCGAUGAGACAGCCUGGCUCUUCAACCUUCGUAGCAGUGACAUCCCCUAUAACCCCUUCUUCUACUCCUACACGCUGCUCACGGACUCGUCUAUCAGGUUGUUUGUCAACAAGAGUCGCCUUAGCCUCGAGACCCUACAAUACCUGAAUACAAACUGCACAUCCUCCAUGUGUGUACAGCUGGAGGACUACAGUCAAGUUCGUGACAGUGUGAAAGCCUAUGCCUCAGGCGAUGUGAUGAUCUUGAUUAGUAUCGAAUAUACUAACUAUGGGCUCUAUGAAGUCAUACCCAAGGAGAAAGUCGUGAUAAACAUGUACACCCCAGUAAUGGGAAUAAAGGCUGUGAAGAACAGCAAGGAGCAGGCUCUCCUGAAGGCCAGUCAUGUGCGGGAUGCUGUGGUUGUGAUCCAGUACUUGGUCUGGUUGGAGAAGAACGUGCCCAAAGGCACGGUGGAUGAGUUUUCUGGGGCAGAAUACAUUGAUGACUUGCGACGGAAAGAAAACUUCUCCUCUGGACCCAGUUUUGAAACCAUCUCUGCUAGUGGCCUGAAUGCUGCCCUGGCCCAUUACAGCCCAACCAAAGAGGUGAACCACAAGCUGUCCUCAGAUGAGAUGUAUCUGGUGGAUUCUGGAGGGCAAUACUGGGAUGGGACCACAGAUAUCACCAGAACAGUACAUUGGGGAACCCCUACUGCCUUCCAAAAGGAGGCAUAUACACGUGUGCUGAUGGGAAACAUAGAUCUGUCCAGAAUCAUCUUUCCUGCUAAUACACCAGGGAGAAUAUUGGACGCUUUAGCUCGAAAAGCCUUGUGGGAAGUUGGUCUCAAUUAUGGUCAUGGGACAGGUCAUGGCAUUGGCAACUUCCUUUGUGUGCAUGAGUGGCCAGUGGGAUUCCAGUCUAACAACAUCAACAUGAACAAGGGCAUGUUCACUUCCAUUGAACCUGGAUACUACCAGGAUGGGGAGUUUGGAAUCCGUCUUGAAGAUGUGGCUCUUGUGGUAGAAGCAAAGACCAAGUACCCAGGGGCCUACCUGACUUUUGAAGUGGUGUCCUUUGUACCCUAUGACCGAAACCUCAUCGAUGUCAGCCUGCUAUCCCCGGAGCACCUCCAGUACCUGAAUCGCUAUUACCAGACCAUUCGUGAGAAGGUUGGCCCAGAACUGCAGCGUCGCCAGCUGCUGGAGGAGCUUGCAUGGCUGGAGGAGCACACAAAACCCCUAUCAGCCAUGGCCCCACGUACCACCUCCUUGGCCUCUUUGUGGGUAGCCUCCACUCUUGCCAUCCUCAGCUGGAGUAACUAGAGGCCCUCGGUUCUCCUACCGACUGUUCACUUAAGUUUAGGAUUCGUUUGCUCUUGCUUAGCUAUCCUUCCUCUGUGCCACGCGUGCCCCAAGAGCCCCCAAGGCUCAUCACCUUGAAGUCACUAUCCUAAGCUUUCUCCAGAGCCAAACCCCUGGCAGCUUUACUUUCUCCCAGAUGGGCAAGCCUCAUCGUGGACUCCCCACCCCUGGGCCCCAGGAUAGCCUGCUACAGUGAGUCCCUGUCUCCCAAAGCUAAGGACCCUACAAACUAAUGCCCCUAUUCACAGGGAUCCCUGGCCCAGAGGGGCCCAUCCUAUCCCCACCUGCUAGAGAGGGCCAGAGCUGUUCCCACCCACACUGACUCUAGACUUUUUAGGAGUGCCUCUGGCCACCUUUCUUUCCCUCCAGCCUUAAAGUGGCCUCCUGGCUAGAGACUGUAGAAUUAAUAUGGGGACUCACAGCUGCCCGCUAUCCCUACAGAAGGAGGUGGCUGGGUGUUCUGGUUGCAGACUGCUGCUUUAGCACGAGAGAGAACAGAUAAGCGGAAGUCAUCCGUGGCCUGGACCUGGAGACCUCAGUCGGGAACGUGCAUCACUCCUUGCCCCACAUGUGAACCCACAGCUCCUAAACCACCAAUGUGCUCCUUGACAAGUGACCGCAUAGGGACGCAAGGGAUAGGACUUUGACUGUGAAGUAAGCAAGCUGGACAAAGGUGCUCUGUGAUGUGGGGAUCAACCUGGGCAGCCACACUAUCCCAGACACCUCUGGCACUCAGUGGGCAUUUUAAUCUUCUAAGGUGUCACCACCACGACCAUGCUAUUAAAGCCUCCCGUGUCUUUGAAGCACUCCUAA